CGCGGCGCGCGACGGCGGAGAGCACAUGACGCGCGCUACUUCCAGAAUACGGACUUAUCAUCUCAAUAUCUGACAAAAUCUGUUUAAAAUCAAUUGCAUAGUGCACAGCACACAAUAUAUCUGUUUCACGUACAUUUCGCGUAAAUUAUUGUUUGAUUAAAGUGCAAGUGUAGAAAGGUGUGUGUGGAUAUUGCAAAGUCAAAGACGAAAGCAAACUAAGAUGUGUGGGGCUGGUGUGUAGGAAUGAUAGUAUAGCAGAGCGGGGCGUGCGGGGCGAGCGGGACGAGCGGGUGCGAGCGGGCUGCGGAUAUGGGCAGCCUGCCGGAGCUGGCGGAGCGAGCGCGGCCGGCGACCCUGCGCCCCGCCGCGCGCACCACCUCAGAUCCCCACCGGCACCGCACCCUCGCCGGCGCCGGCGCCCCACAGCUCCCCGUGCACACUAUAUAUAAAAAAGAGUGGCCGUGGCGGAGGGCGAAGGCGCCCAUCCGGGGCUUGGCCCCGGGAGGUGGAGGGCGGCGGCGCGACUCCGCGGCAUCAUCGGUGGGCGCGGCGUCGGUGCGGAGGCUAAUAGCGCGUCCGCCGGCCCCCGUGCCGCGCUCCGCCGUGGUACGCUUCACGCUGCUGUGUGUGGCGAGCGGGCUAUGCGCCGCCGCGCUGCUCCCCUUCACGGCGUUCGCGGGCGCGGAAGCGGGUGCGGCACCGCUGGCCGUGAUGCACGCGGUGGCGGCGGUCGCGGCGCCCCUUGCGCCCUCUCUAGUGCAACGCGCGGGACCGCGUCUUGUAGUAACAGCGGCGCACGCGCUGGUCGCGGCGCUGGUAGGCGCGCAUGCGCUGGCGCUGCCGCUGUGGGCACUGCUCUCGCUGUAUGCGUUGUGCGGCGCCGCGCUGUCGCCGUCGUCUCUUGCGUUGAGCGUGUCGGCAGCCGCGCUGUCGCAGGCGGCGGGCGACGAGAGCCGGCGCCGAGUCGUGCUGCGGCGGGCGUUGCGCGGGCUGCGUGCGGCACAAGACCUGGGCCUGGUGGUGGGUGCGCUGCUUUUGGGCGGCGCCCUUGCCUUGUGGCCGGAGGAGCCGACUACGGUCGCGUUCGGCGACAAUAUCACGGCGACACGCUGGCCCUCGCCGGAGGAUUAUUACAUCGAAGACGACUACGAGGAGCGCACGUGCGGUGCGGCGGGCUGCCCGCAGGUGCGCAUGAUUUUGGGCGGCGCGGGUCUAAGCGGUGCAGGGCGACGGGCGCUAGCCGCGUGCUGGGCUGCGAUUGCGCUAGCGGGUGCGGUGCUGGCGGCGGUGGGGGCCAGCACUAGCGCCGCCCCGCCCGAUGCUCGCGCCGCCAUCGCUGAUCCUCGUGCAAUCCUCGCCGCGCCGAUGGGAUUGUUUAUAGGACUUCAACAGGGUUUCAUUUAUACAUCAUAUAUGAGGUGGUACGGCGUGUGCGUGGGCGGGUGGGGAGGCGCGUGGCGUGCGCUGGGCGGUGCGGGCGCACUGCAAGCGUUGGCGGCGGCCACGCUUAGCAUGGCGGCGGCGCGCGCGGGGAGCGCGGGGCGCGCCCUGGCGGCGGGGGGCGGCGCGGCGCACGGCUCGUUGCUGUUGGCCCUGCUGCGCUGGCGUGCCGCGCGCUCAGACCUGGCACUGCCCGCGGUGGCCGCCGCCGCUUGGGGCGCGUGCGGGGCGCUCUGGGAUGUCCUGCAGUGCGGGCUGUGCGUGGGCGGCAGCGGCUGGCGAGGGCCAUGGGCGCUCACGUUGGCGGCUCGGCACGCGGGGCUGGCGCUGGCGUGCGGUGCGCGACGCGUGCUGUGCGUGCGCACUCAGCUGGCGGGCCUGGCGCUAACGUUAAUCGCCGCGCUCGCCUCGCACGCCGCGCUCGACCUGCGCCAGCGCCGCGCCGACGCGCGCCGCACCUAG